AUGGACGAGAGCCUGGUGCUCGCCUUGGGAGGGCUGAGCCUCCAGGCCCGAGCGCCGGGCAGGGCCCCUCCUCGCAGGCGCCGCUUCAGCAAAAGCCUCUACUUGCUGCGAGGCCUGCCCGGCUCCGGGAAAAGUACCCUGGCCAGGCAAUUGAAACGUGAAUUUCCCAGUGCAGUGGUUUUCAGCACUGAUGACUACUUUUUCACAGAGGAUGGCACAUACAUAUUUGAUCCUGAUUGUCUGGAAGAUGCACACAAGUGGAACCAAAAAAGAGCACGUAAAGCAAUGAAGAAUGGGAAAUCCCCCGUUAUUAUUGAUAAUACCAACAUCCACGCUUGGGAAAUGAAGCCAUAUGUGAUAAUGGCACUUGAAAACAACUAUGAAGUUAUAUUUCAGGAGCCAGAUACACGCUGGAAAUUCAACGUUCGUGAGCUAGCAAGACGCAAUAUCCAUGGUGUUCCAAAAGAAAAGAUACAGUGGAUGAAAGAACAGUAUGAGCAUGAUGUUACCUUCAAUAUUGUGCUUCAUUGUGAAGAACCAGCUAGACAUGUCAACAGAUCCCAUGGAGUUCGCAACACUGGAGACUUUUGCCAUCCAAGUUCAGGAUUCUCCAACAGAAGAGCUCACAUCCGCUCCACAAAUGAAAGAUCAUUUAGUAGUAGGAGUGAUUUCCACGGGGUCUUUUAG